UAACCUAACUCACUCACCAAAUUUUCAACAAAAUGUUUCAUUUAUUUAUCUAAACAAAAAUCAUCUAAAGGAAAUUCCUACCGACAUGCCACAGGAGAUUGUGUGGCUAGAUAUAAGUAAAAAUGAUAUCCUGAAUCCAAAAAAGGAAGUUCUCGCGAGAUACAAACAUUUGCAAUGGUUAAAUAUUGAACAUAAUUGCUUAUGGUUAACAGAAAAGGAAUGGCCAUCACGCUUUUUCGAGAAUCUGACAAAACUUGACACUCUGCUCAUGAAAGAUAAUUGUUCAAAAAUAUCUUAUUUUACGAUCAAGGAGAUGAAGUACUCCAAAGAAUGCUUUUAUGGACUUUCUUCAUUAAGGCAUAUCGAACUGAACGGAUUAGGUGGCCAUAACUUUGAGGAAGCAUUUGAAGCAAGUAAUUCCAUUGAAGUUCUUGUAUUUACGGUAGAUGGUGGUUAUUGUUUUCUGAAUAGUAUCGAGAAUGAUACGUUCAAAAUUUUUCAACAUUUGAAAAAUCUAACAUUAUUUAACUGUAAUAUCAUACGCAUGGAGAAUGGAGCUUUUGCACACUUCAAUGAUCUCAUAUUUCUGGACGUUUCUGAAAACCCAGAUCUUACGCUAUCUGUAUUAAUCAAUAUUACUUAUGAUCUGCAGUAUUCAAAAAUUCAGACUUUUAUCGCAAAUAAUCUGCAUUGCCAACAAGGACUCUCAUGGAUAUUAAGAAUAGACCAUAUAAAAUAUCUUCAAAAUACUUCUUUGAAAGAAUUGUCUUUGGCAGGGAAUAGAAUAGGCAUCAUUGAGCAUCGAUUAACCAAGUACCUUCCAAAGUCAUUGAAAUAUAUAAAUAUAAGCAAUAAUCCGCUUAUGUUCGGGGAUUAUGUUGUAGAAGGCGACUUUCUUUCAAAUCUGGAAAGAUUAAACAUUGACCAUACUGAAAGAGAUGGAAUGCGUAGGACAGGUUGCAAUUAUAACUCUAACAGUUGUGACAAGGUGGGGGAUCUUAGUGUCGAUGAAACAUCAAAUGAAGUGUCGAAAACAUAUAAUUUUUAUCAAUUACCCCCCAAACUAAAAUCUCUUAGCAUGGCCAAUAAGAAAAUAUACCUUCCUUACAUAGGUAAUUUUUGCGGAUUCAGACCAACUAACUCAUUAACACAUCUGCAUGUUCAAGGAAAUCUGAUCUAUAAUAUACAGGAAUUUAGUGGGUUUCAACAUUUAGAAUAUCUUGAUCUGUCAAAUAACUUCUGCUUUAACAUUACUAAACAGGCAUUUCAAGAUAUGACGGGCUUGUUAUUUCUGAAUUUAUCCAAAAAUCUGUUAGGAAAAGAAUUGCAGCGUCGAAAUAGAGAGCAUGUAUUUGACCCACUCCAUAAUUUAAAGGUACUAGAUUUGUCAUAUAACUGGAUAACUGUCUUGCAAAAAGAUUUAUUUGCCUCUUUGUCAAACAUAGAACAUCUAGACUUAAGUAAUAAUGAAUUAGAGAGUGUCACCUUUGACCUGUCAACUGCCUUAAGAUUGCGUGUAUUAAAUUUAUCCUCUAAUAAAAUUGUGAUGUUGGAUUCAAAAGCAAUGAAUUUUUUAGAUGCUUCUAGGGAGAAACAACUCUCUAUCCUGAUGUCAAACAACCCAUUACAAUGUACAUGCCAAAGCAUGAAAUUUCUAAAAUGGAUGAGAGCAUCAUCACAUAAAAUUUUUCAAGAUAGAGAAAAAUACACAUGCGUAUUCACGGACGAAAAAAGGAUUAAAAUGCGCAACUUGGGCCAUAUAAUCUUUUCUUUAGAGCGGCAAUGUAUGUCAUUUACAACAACAAUAGUUAUAGUGGCAAUUAUUUUGCUAAUCAUAAUUAUUUUUGUUUCCUUUGCAAUAAUGUAUAGGUAUAGAUGGAAACUGCGUUAUUUGUAUUACGCUGGUAGGAGAAUUUAUAGAGGAUAUUCAAGAAUCUUAGAAUCGGGUUGUGACAAUCACUUGUGUAUCAGGUUAGCUUAA